GGAGGAAGAGUAAAGGUGGCCCUGUAAGAGACUUUCAGCUGGAAAUUAAAAGUAUGGUGAACGAGAUCAAAACAUCUCUUAGCUAUUGACUGGAUGCCCAAGAGGGAAAACCGCAGGCUCCAAGAAGCAAGCAUGCGGCUGGAGCAGGAGAACGAUGACCUCGCCCAUGAGCUUGUAACAAGCAAAAUCGCCUUACGGAAUGACCUGGACCAGGCUGAAGACAAAGCAGAUGUGUUGAACAAGGAACUUCUCCUGACCAAACAGAAGCUAGUGGAGACUGAGGAAGAGAAACGGAAGCAGGAAGAGGAAACUGCUCAGCUGAAGGAAGUCUUCAGGAAGCAGCUAGAGAAGGCAGAAUCUGAGAUCAAGAAAACCACAGCCAUUAUUGCAGAGUAUAAACAGAUUUGCUCCCAGCUGAGUACCAGGCUGGAAAAACAACAAGCGGCCAGUAAAGAUGAACUGGAGGUUGUGAAGGGUAAAGUGAUGGCCUGCAAACACUGCAGUGAGAUUUUCAGUAAGGAGGGGGCACUGAAGCUGCCUGCCGUAAACACGGAGAAUAAAGGCAUAGAAACAGAUGAUGAGAAGGAUGCGCUGAAGAAGCAGCUGAGAGAGAUGGAGCUGGAACUUGCACAGACCAAACUGCAGCUUGUGGAAGCCAAGUGCAAAAUUCAGGAGCUGGAGCACCAGAGAGGAGCCCUUAUGAAUGAAAUCCAAGCUGCCAAAAACUCUUGGUUUAGCAAAACCCUGAACUCUAUCAAAACGGCCACAGGCACACAGCCACCGCAGCACCCACAGCCGCCCCUGCCACCCAGAGAGGGCAGUACAUAGUGCCAGCCCGAGCCGACACAAGAGCACAAAGAACACCACAGCUGAAACCCUGGAGGAUUCUUCCAGUGGUCCCUCCUCUUGGGGAAAGGACAAAAGGCAGGAGCGCAGGCUUGAAGUGAAAUUCUUCGGUGUUUUUCAUUCAUUCUGAUGUGACCCUUUUCAAAGGGGGAAAAAAGAUAAUUCCUGUUUUAUGUUGAAUUCUUACUUCCCAAAUUGCCUUGCUGAAAGCCACGUUCUGAUACCUUCAUACUUUUACACUUUAUUUUAUAUGACUAGAUGUUAAAUAAAUACUUC